AUGGUCAGAGAAGCCCCUCCACCUGACCGACUUUGUUCAGUCUGCAAGAAGGAUGGGGUUCAAUGGACCGGAUCAUUUUUUCAAGAAACUUCACUCCUUAAAGUUGGCCUGCACAUUCACCUUGCUCACAACGGCACUCCAUGUCCCAGCAGCAGCACGGAUUACUCAUCUGAUGUCUUUCAAUGGUCAGACACCGAUGACGAUAUAGAUGACAAUUAUCCAGAGGGACCUUUCAUUCCACCGGUCAGAGACCCGGAUCAGCCGGCGAUAACUAUAGUAGACAAGUCCGGUGUUCACUCCCUUUCCAUAUGUUAUUGCCACUGCCCCAGUGCUCUCAGCCGAGACAUGCAGCUUUUUCAAGCCGGCUUGUUCCCAGCAUCUUUCACCAGACCGAAAACUGCAUUCACAUUCGCCGUCUUGGACGACUUUCUGUUAGACAAUCUCGAGUGCGGUACAUCAGCCAUGAAUUACUACAGCAAAAUUCGCAGACUAACCUCGAGCAUCUUUCCACUGAUGGUUCCGGAUCGCUACAGAGAGCUCAUGAGAGCUGCCAGGCAGUGGCGACAAUGCAAGCUUUACAAGUGGCAUGGAUUUGCCCACAAAGAUGACCAGCUGAAGGACGGCGAUCUCGCCCUAUUUUGCCCGGCAUGUCCACAACCGGGUAUAAACUUGGACCUGUCUACCAGUACAGUCACCCAGUCAGACGAUACACCUUCCUGGCUCAUGACUAGAUAUUUGGUCAUGGAUGGAAAUUUCAAAGCCGAGCACAUGCAUCCGGUGAAUCCAUCAGAUGAAGUAUCAUUAAUGGAUGGUCUGGGAUUCAUGGUCUCCGAUGAUAGAUACAAGAGCCAUUUAGCCAUUGCUCGUGACCAUGUCCAAAGGUCAGAUUGUAAUAAUCACCGAGCAGUUAAUCAAGCAAACGCCUCAUGGCAAAGGCUGGAGGCCACUGGUAUAGGAGGAUGUGCAUGUGCACGGCAUGGAUGUUUUGUCCCACACUCCAUGGUGGACUUUCAGAAAGGCGAAAGGCAGAUGAACAUGGACUAUGCAUUAAGUCAAGCGCUCAACUAUAAGACCAACGGAAUCUCUCGUGCCAUAACAUUCUAUGACAUAAAUUGUCAGUAUAACAAGUAUUUGAAGGACCGGAUCGCUUCUAGCAUGUAUCUUUCCAUCCCCAUUGGUAUGGAUAUCAUUCCCGGAAUAGGUUUGUGGCACGUACAUGGACAUCAAGACAGCUGCUUUGUCCGGUAUGCAUCAAAUUUCAUCCAUGGGACCAGCAGGAUAGAUGGAGAGAUUAUGGAGACCCUCUGGGCACCUUUGAAUAUAAUCUCUCCAUCGGCCAGGGGCAUGGGAACUCCCCAUCGCAAGGAGGUAUUGGAUUAUCAGAUGAAUGAUUGCAACUUUAUGAAAAUGAUUCGUAUAACUAAGUUUCUGUCCAGAAAGUUGAAAGAGGCUAUCAAGGGUGCUGCAGAGAGCAAACUUGCAUUUGAUAAUCUCAACGAGACAGCCCAGCCUGACAUGGUCAUUCUAUGGAAGGAAGAGGAGGCGAUCGCUCAUGCAAACAGAGUGGAGGAUCCUGCAGCUAUGGACAUCUAUGAGGUCCAGUUGGAAAGGGGCAAGUGUCUACUUUGA